UAAAUCCAGACACCAACUAAUAAAUUACAGGUAAAUCCCAAGAAACUUCCAAAUAAUCUGAACAAUUUCUACAAGACCCAACUCCUCCUACUACUACAAAAACCCUCUUAAUAUCUCUCUCUCUCUCUCUCUCUCUCAAACCCAUUCCCCAUCCUUGAAAACCUUCUUCAAGUUUCCACAUCGCAUUUUUUGCUUAUCGACCUUAAUUUCUACGAACCCAGACCAAAAUAUCUUAACCAAACACUUUUUUAAGUUUCCUCAAAAGUUUUUAUUUAUUUUUAAGAAAUGUGUGGCGGUGCUGUAAUCGCUGGCUUAAUCCCUCGUAAUCGAGGCCGCCGAGUUAACUCAUCCGAUAUAUGGCCCAGCUCACCCUUCGCCAAGCUGAGUCACAACUCGUUCGAGUCCAAUUUCUGCCACCUGAUCAAUCACGAAGUCGAAAAUCAUGUCCCUCUUAAACGAUCCGUACCCUCGUCAGAGGGUGAGCAAUCUGAAAAGCCGGUAAAGAGGGUGAGAAAGAACCUGUACAGAGGGAUAAGGCAGCGUCCGUGGGGGAAAUGGGCGGCGGAGAUUCGCGACCCGAGAAAAGGGGUUCGUGUUUGGCUCGGAACCUUCAACACCGCGGAGGAAGCCGCCAGAGCCUACGACAGGGAAGCUCGGAAAAUCCGAGGAAAGAAAGCCAAGGUUAACUUCCCCAACGAGGACACCAACGACACUUACGGUGCCGUCCAAGUCCAACAAGCUCACCGCAACCAAACCCGUCCCCUGUAUCAACCCCACAACACUCAGGAGUUUGGGCUUGGUUACGAUCUGAACCAGAUUGAACAAACUUUUCCGAACUCCAACACAAACUGUUUCGGUACGGCUCAAACCAGAGUGAAAGAGGAAGAGCCGAGGAAAGAAGAAAAGGUUGUUAAUUUAGUUGGAGAGGAAGAGAUAAACGAGUUACAGAAGCUGUCGGAGGAGCUAAUGGCGUAUGAGAACUACAUGAAGUUCUACCAGAUUCCGUACCUCGACGGCCAGUCGGCGGCGCCGAGCACGGCUCAGGAGAGCGAGGUUGGGGAGCUCUGGAGCUUCGACGGCGACGAUGUUCGUUCCUCGGGGUCCGAUGUGUAAACGUUACGACGUCGUUUUUAUGUGUGUCUAUUUAAUUUCGUUUUUCCUCUUGUAUGGUUUUAGGUCAUUGGUUUCUAACUUUUCCUUGUUAGUUGGGUGCUUAAAACUUGUUCUAAGCAACGGAUGAUUGAAUGAAUAAAUGUGCAGUUUAAUUUGUCAAAAUCGCUGCUUUUUGUU